CAGCUAGAGCAGGGACAUCAGUAGCUGCGCGGCACUUGCACACGGCGGACACGGAGCGUCCUCAUCAGUGGCGAUGAAAGUUGAGCGCGACACGCCGAUGACCUGCGAGCAUCCGCCGGGGAGACUGAGCGAGUGAGCGGCUUAAAGAGCGUCAGUUUCCAGAUCCUCGCUGCAUAUCAUUUGUUGCUGUCCAACAGUCCGGAGGCUGUGUUUCAACCUAGCGCACUGACGGACACGGACUCACUCCGAGGAUCACAGAUGGACUGGCUCACACCUGAGAUGUGAAGUGUGUUAUGUGAGCCAAGGUGUUUUCCCACCUCACUGGUGGUGGGGAGAGAUGCUGCACUCCGUUGCCAUGACAGCAGAAGUUCUCUUUGUUCUUGGGUUUCUGAUGAGUAGCACUCAGUGCAAUCCUAUAGCGACCCUACCAGUGAGCCGAGAACGUCUGGAAAGGGUGUUGACCCAAGCCAGGGAGGACAAACAUCAGGACAAACAGCCCCCUGAGGAGCUGCUGGCAUAUGGUGCUCAGCAGCGACCAGAGGAAAUCAAUGCUUUAGGCCCCAACAGGACUGCCGUGAGCCAUGCCAGGCCAAACCUCAACUCCCAGACACGAGGAUCUAAGGGCGGGAAGUCCGAAGACCUGUGGAGUGAACAGGACAGUGGGAACCAAAUAGAUGAGGGCCCCACUAGUGACGUCACUCUCUCUCUGGACUCCUUUGAUGAGUAUGCCUAUCCAGACUACAGGGGGAAAGGAUGCAUGGAUGAGAGCGGCUUUGUGUUUGCCAUUGGCGAGCAGUUCACCCCAGGUCCUUCAACUUGCCCUUGCCUCUGCACAGAUGAGGGGCCUCUGUGCACCAAGCCAGAAUGCCCCAAGGUUCACCCUCGCUGCAUUAAAGUUGACACUAGCCAAUGCUGCCCUCAGUGCAGGGAGAAAAAGAACUACUGCGAGUUUCGGGGCAAGAUCUAUGCCUCACUAGAAGAGUUUAAGGUAUCUCCAUGUGAGAAGUGCCGAUGUGAGCCAAGUGGAGAGGUGCUGUGUUCUGUGGCAGCCUGCCCCCAGACAGAGUGUGUGGACCCAGAGUACGAGCCGGAUCAGUGCUGUCCUAUCUGCAAGAGUGCAUCUGCUUUUGAAGAAUGCUUAGGAACAAAAAUACAUUGCAGGACAAGCAUCUCUCCUCAGCACCUCAGCCACGGCUCCCUCCCUCUUGUCCUUUGCUCUUGCUGGGUAUCUCCUUGGCAACGGGUGAGGAAACAAGUGGUGCUCUUCAAGACUCAGACAUUAGGGUCAGCACUAAUCUGGGGGGGAUGUGAUAAACAGUCUGAACUGGAGCCAAAAUCACUUCAAAUAGAGCAACAUGAGAUGUGGUAGCCUGGCUGCCAAGAGGGACAGAGACUCUUUUAAAUUAAGAGAGGCAUGAUUCAUAGCCUUUUAAGACAUGGCAGUUUAUUUAAAGAACAAAGAAAGAAAGUGAGAAUCCAGUGAAAAGGACGUUGUUUAUGUGGAUGUAAAAUUGUGUGGUCUGUCUAUUAUAAUAAGCCUCCAUCUAAUCCUGAAUGUAAGCUUGCUACCUCUUAGUCAGUUGCUGUUGACGACUCAAAAGUUAGAGACAAGGACUUUUAUUUUGUAAUAGAUCAUAAUAAUUUGGCAUAAGACACUGAUAUUAAAACCUGUUCACCCACAUCACGCUGUACCUGGCACACCUCCAUCAAAGCUACACUCUGCCUUUCUAUAAAUGAUUUUUAUGCUUCCAUGCCGAUGACAGCCACAGCUGGACGCAUUAUAUUUUUGGGUUGCCCAUCCAUCUGUAUGACCCAUUCUUGUGAACGUGAUAUGUCAGCAAUGCCUUGGGGGAAUUUUUUCAGUUUGGCACAAGUGUCCAUUUGGAAUCAGUGAUGAAGUGAUUAGAUUUUGAUGGUCAAAGGUCAAGGUCAUUGACCUCAGUUUUGUCCCAUACCUGUGAAUUUGACUGGUUGGUGGAAACAUACAGCUGCAAAGUGAUAAUUCUACCUAUGUAUCAUAUUGCUAAGCAAUAUGGUGAUGCAAUACAUUGUUAGAAAAUUUAGAAUAUAAAAUGGUGAGAACUGUGUCAGUUGUGUUUAAUGCUGAUGUUAACGACUCUGACUUGGGUAACGAGGACUCGACUCUUACUCAACUUGGACAUGAACACUGGGGUCUCAAGGCUCAACUUGGACUCAAAGUUUAGUGAUUCAACUACAACGCUGGCUACGCCUGCCCAAGUUUUCUGUCUCACACAAUAUGUAGUCUACAGUGAUAGCUGUGACAUACUUUCCGAAUGAAUUCAAAGUCAUUUUUGAAAGGGUCGAUUUUUGAUUUUACAUAGAAAUUAACAAAGGCACGCUACAUAUUUCUGGAUGACAAGUGUUGAUUUCCUUUGCUGAAGUG